AUGUGCCGACGCGUCGUUCAUCGAUAUGCUCACUGUGGCCACACUGUAACUUCGCCCUUGCUACACUGUGGCAACCCACAGUGCGAACAGCGUCACGAAGAUCAGCUUGGCGAACCUGGCUAUGCUUGCUCGAAAUGCGAAAGAUCCUCAGUUGGUAACAACUCGACUUCUGUGAGCACAUCAAGCCGAUACUCUCAUACGCGUCGUAUGAGCCUCGACCCGGCUGUUAGAGCAGAUCUUCGCUCUAACCUCGCAUUGCUGGGAUCAACGCACAGCAAUAUCAGCACUGAUACUCCCACAUCUGCCCACUCAGCACACUUUGCCCAACAUGGCUCAAGCAACCAACUUUUGAUCAACCCCAUGCCCACCGUGCGUCAUACACACCAGCAAGAUACGCCGCUGCACCUUCGACGCAGCUCCCAGAUCCAGGGAGGCGUACAAAUCAAUGCACACGUUCGAAUGAACAGUGCUAUUUUUGAUGGUGGAGAUCACGCCCGCAAUGCGCCUGUUUCCUUCCCGCCUCCCGCCCCAAAUGUCAGAAGGCAAGAGGAGAUACGGACGCCUGUCAUAACUUCAGCGGUACCAGCUGAUCAAGGUCCUCCGUCAGCCCCCACUACUCCACGUCGUCGCCGUGACUCUAUCCGUCAGGCUCAGUGGAUUGGGAGUCCCAGCACCGAGACCCCACCACCAAUGCCCGCUGUCAACGUGCCAUUUACCCAUCCCGGAUCUCCUCAUCACCGUCGCCAGGGACCCUCAGUCAGUGGAGUACAGCAACAUCAGAGCCUUGCGCGCAGACCCUCCAACAGCGGUGAUCGACCUCAGACCACGUCAACAAACCGCCGUAACAGUGUUAACAAUCCGUUCGGCACUCAGCGCCAUCGAGUCAAUCAGGCACAGCCAGGCAAUUCACAGCGUCAGCACCUCGGACACCGUCAACAAGCCAAUCCGUCUCAAAGAGGCUCACAGGCUCAGCGAGCACUCCAGCACGGACCACAGCGUCAACACCUUGGACAGCGUCAGCAGAAUAUUUCGUCUCAUGAAGGUCCACAGGCUCAGCGUGCAAACCAGCAUGGACCACAGCGUCAACAGACCUAUCCAUCUCAAGCAGGUCCACAGGCCCAGCAAGGAAUCCAGGACCGCUCUCAGCACCCUCAACGCAGUGGCAUUAGUGUUGACAACAACAGCAGCGUGGAUCUUGGAUGGCCUGAGAACCCUCAGUUUGGCCACGAGAGAAGUUUCUACCAUGGCAGUAACAUUUGGUGA